CUUCGCAAAUUUUACUACGAAGGGGUUUAUGUUGUCCUCAAUUUCUGUGACCAGAGCCUUAAACCCGAAGCGUUUUACUUCAUUCUUCACCAAAACCCUUCAUCAUCUUCCUCUCAUGGCGGCCGCCGGAAACUCACCCUUGAGGGUUUCGUCUCCUACUUAUUCGACUGGGUCACCAUCGAAGCGCGUGGGAACCCACAAUGGCAGCUUCCACUGCGAUGAGGCCCUUGGUUGCUUCAUGAUUCGCCUUACAGACAAGUUCUCUGACGCUGAGAUAGUCCGCACCCGCGAUCCACAGGUGCUAGAGGGUCUUGAUGCUGUUCUUGAUGUUGGAGGUGUGUAUGACCCAAGUCAUGACCGCUAUGACCAUCAUCAAAAAGGGUUCGAGGAGGUGUUUGGACAUGGAUUUUCCACCAAGCUCAGUAGUGCCGGUCUUGUUUAUAAGCACUUUGGGAAGCAGAUAAUAGCAAAGGAGCUUGGAGCCGACGAAGAGCAUCCUGAUGUGCAUCGUUUAUUUCUGGCUGUUUACAAGAGCUUCAUGGAGGCAAUUGAUGCUGUUGACAAUGGAAUUAAUCAGUAUGAUACUGACCAGCCUCCAAGGUAUGUAAAUAAUACACAUUUGUCUGCCAGGGUAGGAAGAUUAAAUUUGGAUUGGAUAGACCCCGAUCAAUCAACUGAGAAGGAGAAUGAAGCUUUUACACGAGCAAUGGCUCUGACUGGAACUGAGUUUUUAGAGAAUGUCAGAUAUCAUGCAAAAUCAUGGUUACCUGCAAGGUCAAUUGUAAUGGAAUGUCUUGCAGGGAGAUUUGAUAUUGAUCCCAGUGGUGAAAUAAUUUUUUUGACUAGGUUUUGUCCUUGGAAGCUUCACUUGUUUGAGCUUGAGGUGGAGCAGAAGAUUGACCCUCCAAUUAAAUAUGUUCUUUUUCAGGAUGAUAGAAGCAAAAGUUGGCGAGUACAGGCUGUAGCAGUAUCUCUUGAUGGAUUUGAAAGUCGAAAGGCUCUUCCUUCUCAAUGGCGGGGUCUAAGGGAUGACGAAUUAUCGAAACAAUCAGGAAUUCCUGGCUGUGUUUUUGUCCACAGCAGUGGGUUUAUUGGUGGAAACCAAAGUUUCGAGGGUGCCGUGGCCAUGGCUAAAACAGCUUUGAAGCUCUGACCAAGAAAGACAGUGACUCAGUUUCAGAUAUUACUUCACAUUAUUUUAGCAUCAUCUGGACCAAGUGUUUCUACUUAUAUCUGCAAAUUUUGAGCUUCUUGAUUUAUAUAAGUUGAUGUUUUAUGAGUUCAAUACAUACACUUUUGUAUCAUUUUUAUGGAGAAAUCAACAUUGUUGUAACUAACGGAGAGUUCUGAUAUUCAAAGAACAAUUUUAUA